AUAAUUCAACCCAUUGACUAAACAAAAUCCAACCGAAAAAAUAUGGAAGAUAGUGUUCCACUUCCAGGAGGUGAAAGCUUAUUGCAUCCAGAAAAUCCCAGUUCAAUAGCUGAGAUCAAAGAAGCUGAAGAGAUUGACAACAACAAAAACGAAGCUAAAGGAGGAGGAGAGAAGCCAAGUGGGUUCAUAAACAAUCUAAUCUCAAACUUGGUCACUGCUGACGAAGAUGAUGAGCAGAGAGAAACAGUGGCUGAAGGAAAAGGUGAAGAGAAAGGAGGUGGGCUAUUAGACCAUCUUCUUUCUAACUUGGUCUCUCCUUUGAGCCCCAAAGCAGGAGAUAUCGGUCAAGAAAAAGGUACUCAACCUUUCAAAAUCAAUGGAAACGAAGAUCAGUCUGGAUCAGAGGAACGUGUAGCCAGUAGUCCAAGUAGUGGAGGGCUCAUCAAGAACGUUAUCUCAAAUUUCUUUCACCACCCAACUGAAGCUGAUGAAGCAAAAGAUCAAAACGAGAAGAACAGCGAAGAAGAAAUAGUGAAAAUUGCAGAAGAAAAUCAUCACAAAAAACUAAAGACAGAAGAGAGUGGUGGAGUAAGCAUCAUUGAUAACAUUGUCUCUCACUUGCCAACAUCUCUUCGAGAAGAUGUGGCACCAACAGCUGAUGAAGCCGCCAUUCUAAUUCAUUCAAUCAUCCACGAUUAGAAGAAUCAAGACUGAUUAGUUUAGGGUUCUUGAUUGAUUUGGUCUGCCAGACUUCUGAAACCUAUUGUAUUUCGUUGUGUUUUUUUUAUGUGAUUCGGUGGUCAACGUUGUUUUCAAUAGGUUAAGCUGUGAAUUGAGCUUGUGUUUGGUAACUUUUGAUUCUUGUUAUUAAUUUGUUGUAAUGUAAAGAUUUCAUUAUAUGAGCUAUGAA